GCUCAGACAGAGCCCGCAUUGCAAAGCCGGCCCGUCCCUCCAGCCUGCGGAGCGGGGCCUGGCGAGUCCCAACCGCUUCUCCGCCCUGGCCAAACUUUGCCGGGGCUGCGCCCACGGGCCCUCCCUCGUGCUCGGCGCCGCCAGGAGCGGGGCGCACCCAGGCAGCUCCCCUCGACCCCCCCCCCGCCGCUUGCUCCGAUCCCGCCGCGACCCCUAGCGCCUGCCCGGGGCAGCUGGGCAGCCGGAGCCGCUGUGGCUAGGGGCAGGGAGCGAAGAGGCGGCUCUGCCAGGUCCGGGGAGAGCGCGUGUGAGGUCCCGACCCCCGAGCCCGGCGGGACCAUGUUGUGUUGCGGCUCCGCCGCGCUCCUCUUGGCCCUGGCCGGGCUCUCCCUGAGCAGGGUGCCCGGGGCCCAGGGCGCCGCCUGCGAGCCGGUCCGCAUCCCCCUGUGCAAGUCCCUGCCCUGGAACAUGACCAAGAUGCCCAACCACCUGCACCACAGCACCCAGGCCAACGCCAUCCUGGCCAUCGAGCAGUUCGAGGGGCUGCUGGGCACCCACUGCAGCCCCGACCUGCUCUUCUUCCUCUGCGCCAUGUACGCGCCCAUCUGCACCAUCGACUUCCAGCACGAGCCCAUCAAGCCCUGCAAGUCGGUGUGCGAGCGGGCCCGGGCCGGCUGCGAGCCCGUCCUCAUCAAGUACCGCCACGCCUGGCCCGAGAGCCUGGCCUGCGACGAGCUGCCAGUCUACGACCGCGGCGUCUGCAUCUCCCCAGAGGCCAUCGUGACCGCAGAAGGCGCCGAUUUCCCUAUGGAUUCUAAUAAUGGCAACUGUAGAGGCUCCGGCAAUGAGCGUUGCAAAUGUAAACCUAUUAAAGCUACCCAGAAGACCUAUCUUCGGAACAAUUAUAACUAUGUCAUUCGGGCUAAAGUAAAGGAGGUGAAAACUAAAUGUCAUGAUGUCACCGCAGUUGUUGAAGUAAAGGAGAUACUAAAAUCUUCCUUGGUGAAUAUUCCUAAGGACACUGUUAACCUUUACACAAACUCUGGCUGUCUAUGCCCACCGCUUAGUGCCAAUGAAGAAUACAUUAUAAUGGGCUAUGAAGAUGAGGAACGCUCCAGGUUACUCUUGGUAGAAGGCUCCAUAGCUGAGAAGUGGAAGGAUCGUCUUGGUAAAAAAGUAAAGCGCUGGGAUCAGAAACUUCGUCACCCUGGAAAGGGCAAAAAUGAGCCUGGACAAAGUGAUUCUGCUCAAAAGUCUGGCAAGAACAGUAAUCCUCGACAAACACGCAACUAAAUGUGAAAAGCUAUGUAAAAAUCAAUGGACUAUAUAUUAAGACUUGCAUUGUUGGAGCAGCAAGGGAGAAAUUGCACUAUUGCACGUUAUAUUCUAUUGUUUACUACAAAAUCAUGUUGUAGCUAAUUAGUUAUUUUCCCCUCAUUUACUGCCUUUUUUUGGGGGGGGGGGGGUGUAAAUCCUGAAAAUUUAUAUAUAUCAUCUCAGUAAUAACUGCAGAAAACUGCCCUUAUGAGGUAAAAAUAGGAGGACACAUUUACUGAAGUUAAGACAAGGUGGUGGUUUUAUCAGUGGGGCCAUGUUGCUUAGAGAAAGACUUCAACAUAGGAAUGGAAUCUAGCCAGACCAGGACCUUUUAAAAAAAAAAAAAAAAGUGACUUUAACCCAGCUUCUCUGCUCCUGUCCCUUUUUCUCACAUGCUUGAUCAUGGCUGCAGCAACUGGGUUAUUUUAAUGUAUAAGUUUUAAUCUGAAAUAUAAUGGCCAUAUCUACACAUAAAUUAAGAAUUAUAUAGCACUUCUUGAAAGACACUGAGGAGCAAAAUUAAUUGUUAGCAGCAGCCAAGUGGUAAGGGAAAUUUUGACUGAUGAAAAUCGGUUUAAAUAUUUAGCUCUGCAGUUAUCUAACAAAAA